GCCACAUUGUCUAAUAUCGAGAUUGUUAAUUCUCACGUGGAUUUGCAAUUAUCAAGAUACAUAUCAAUACCGAAACAGCAAUAUAAAUACAUAGCAAAAUCCUCUAACGAAGAAAUUCGUUCACUUCAUUCCCAAGUUCCGAAUUUAUGGUCAAAUUCAUAUCCUCCUAACUUUAUUCCUAAAUAUUCUCUCCAGUUAAAAAAAUCAAUGCGGAUAAAACUCGCUUUUGAAGAAAGCCUCGGCAGAACACGCUGCUGGUAUCCGAUUAGUGAAUAUCAAAAAAGAAAUAGUAUAAGGGACUUGAUCAAAACUAUUUCAAAGGAAUUUAAAUUGUCCUAUAAGGAUGGAAUCGAAUUAGAAUUGGAUGGGUUUACACUUUUGCCUAGAGCUGAUGUUGAGCUAACGAUACGGGAUGGUGACAUGAUCAGUCUGAGUGAAGAUGAUUCUUCCUCGGAGUCUAAUGAUUCGUCAUCGGAGAAAAUUACAAAGAAAUCGAAGACAUAUCAUGAAAAUGGAUUGGUCGAUGCCGUUGAACCAAAAAAGCAAAAAAUUCGUAAUCGGAUCGAUUCUUCGCCGGACGAGGAAGAAGAUAGUAGCUCUAGUUCUAGUGAAUCUUCCAAUGAAGAGAGCGAAAAAGAUUAUUUGGUUGUUGACGAUAGUGACAGUUCCAAAUCUUCCGCUGCUCCUGAUGAGAAUGCGAAAGAAGAUGGCCUCAAUAAUAAUAACGAUAGAAAUGAAGAUCCUGACGCGGGAAAAAAAUUACCAAAGCAAACUUCAAGCCAAAAUGCCAAUGACCAAUUGGAGAAAGAAACUACACCCAUGUCACCCCUAAAUCAUAAUAACGAGCAGCAAAGAAAUGAAUUAAAUAAAAAGGUUAAUAAAAGAACUAAGGCAAGGAAUCGCAGAAAAAGAGCUUUAAAAAAUCGAUACAAAAAAUUCAGUAAAGUUGCGUUUUCUUAUAGAGAAAAUAAUAAACAUUCAAAUAUUGAUGAAUUUUUAAUAUCCUCGAUAAAUAAAAAUCAGGAUAACGUUCCGUCCGAAUCACAGCCUAAAUCCAAGGCUACAGAUGAAACGGAAGCAGAGGCAGCACAAAAUAUAAUAACUCCAACUAUAUCGAGUGAUAGCGUCUCACACGCCACACGAAAAACCCCCGAGCCAAUAAAAAUGAAACCUCCGAUGUCCCUUUCAUCAACUUCUAAUAAAAGGAAAGGAUACUAUCAAGGAAUGCGUAAUAUAAAACCUACACAUGUUAGAUUUGAAGAUGAUGAUAAGGGAGUCGAUGCAUUAAAGGAAUGUUCUAACUCAAAUGUGUAUCCUCAAGUGGUUGUUAAUAAUUUAACUGUCGAAACAGCGGAACAAGCUCAUGAUGCGGAAGUUUCUAUAACUAAUGUUGGCGAUACUAAUGAACCGAUGCUUGAAGAUCAACUUCCUUCGCCUCGUGCUAUCAUUACAAGGGAUGGUGAACCGAUGCAGAUUGACGUAAAUUCUUCUACAACCUCAGACAAAAAAGUAAUAACAAAUGAUAUCAAUUGUGGACCGAAUUAUGAUCAAAUGGAAGAUUAUAAGGGUCGACCUAAUGUUAAUGACGUCAUUGCUUAUAGGGUUGUUGAAUUGUCAUCAACUACUUGGACACCUGGGUUUUCAGAAUUUAGAGAGGCAAAGAUUAUAGAUUUCGAUCCUAUUUCACAUCAAGUAAUUCUUAAACAUCAAAACUUAAAUCAACAUCGUAAAGAAGAAACAAGCUCUGAUCAAACGAAUUCAUCUCGUAAUAAAUUCCAAAUUAUAGAUGUAGAUGGUGAAUUCACGUUCGAAGGGCAUGAAUCAAUACCAGAAAUACUUAACAUUAAUUGGAAUGACUUGU